AUUGAUGUAGAAAACAAAAUAAUAACAAAAGAAACUCUGAUAGUUCUAAAUAUCUUUUAAUAUCAGACGUAAGUUACAUAUAAAUUACCUUCAGAAACUGUUCAAGUUUACUAAAGCUAAUUACAUUAGAUCAUUAUACAAGUAGAAAAGUUUUUGAGUCGUCGAAUAACUAGCAUUAUAUUAUAGCUAUGUCAGAUCAAUGCACACACAUGCAAUUGUGUACAAAGGUUCAGCAAGGCAAAUCUAAGGCGUCUGGAGGCUCUGUUAACACAUUCUGUCUUUGUUAUUUACUGAAAUUGAACAAAGAUAGAAUGAGGUAAGACAGCACUUCGACGUCUCAGAUUUGCUUUGCCGAAUGUAGUAAAAAUUGCGUAAUAAGAGAUAAGACAGAUAAAGCUACAUGCAUACAUAUUUUUUGUUUUGGAGCUAGUACAUUAUGCAUUCGCAUAGAUAACUCUGACAGCGUAAUGUAAUAAUAGAAAUAUAAUACGUAUUACAAAACAGUGCAAGUGAAAAAAAAAUAGCAUCUAAUUAUAAUAAAAGGAAGCUCUGAUAAAAGGUAAAAGACAUAAAACUAUACAAUAACGUUCUUUGUUUUGAAGUUUUAUGUAAAAUGCAUUUGCAUAAAUUAUAUUAAUUCCGAUUAGCAUGAUUAUUGAUAGUAUAAUAUGAAUGUAUUUUCCAGAAUUUACACUUAGUUUACUUCCUACGUAUAUCGUGUACGUAUCUCUCAAUAAUUUCGCGAACUCUUGUGUAGUUAAUUCCUCCCUCUAAAAAUGUUUUUUUGGACAAGCUAAUAUAUUUUAUAUACAUAAAGGCUGCGUUCCGAUAUUUACUGUCAGUACUGAAAAUCUACAGUAUAUGUGAUGUAAACUAUAGAUUUUCAGUACUGGCAGUGAAUAUUGGAACGCAGCCAAAGUAAUACUUUUCUAGCGUCCAUUCUGAUGAGAUACAUGCUGUCGAUUCUACUUGCUGAAUUUAUCGCCUGAACUCUACUCUUGAGGAACUGUUGACAAAGUGUUAGAGCUUGUCGAGAAUUAUUUUCUUUUUUAGAAUCAUGUAAGUAUUUUUCUAGAUGUGAAAAAAGAUUGUGUUGUGAUAAUAAAUUGUAUUAUGUGAAAAGAUUACAUUAUUUGUUAAUAUUCGAUUAUUAUGAAUUCGAUUAUUAUUGUCUAAAUUAUUCAUUUUUUAUUGGUAUCUUAUAUUGUAUUAUUAGUAAUAAAGUUAAUAAAAAUUUUCUCAAUUUAAUUAAUUUUAUGUGUUUGUAUCUGAAAAUGUUCCCUUACAUGUACAGUUGCAUUAAUAUUCAGUUAUCGUUGCUUUUUUUAACACCUAAAUGAUCGAGUAACGCAUUUUGACAUGUGAAAAACUUCCAAGUCUGUCAAUUUCAUUAAACGGGAUCUACCAUACCCCUUUUAAAUAAAUAUUAUUUUUAAAGAAUAUUUAUGUAUGUAUUGUAUCAAUGAUAAGUGAAGAAAAGCAUUUGUUUCAGUGACUUUGCAACAUAAUUUCAUAUGAUUAAUCUAAUUUAAAGGGAAAAAUGGCUAUUUGUACUGCAUUUAAAAUUAUAAUUAUGUUACAUCUACUUUGUUUUCUUAUCAGUAAAAAACACAAUAAUGCAAGUAAAAUAGUGAUAGAUACGGAUCCUGGAGGAGAUGAUGCUCUAGCAGUAAUGCUGGCUCUCAAAUGUAUGGAUGUCGAUAUUCAAGGCAUAACUGUUACAUAUGGCAAUACGGAUUUAGAAAAUGCAGAAAAAAAUUUAUUAAAAAUCUUAACAGUUGCAGAAAAACAAGUACCCACUUAUGUUGGUGCCCAAAAACCAUUAAUAAAUGAAUAUACAACCAACUAUUAUUUUGGUAAUGAUGGAUUUGGAGAUUUUAAUUUUACCGAAAAUAUAACUGCAAAAGUUGAUAAAUCAAAACAUGCAGCUGUAUCUCUUGUAGAUUUAGUGAGACAACAUCCAGGUGAAAUAACUGUAAUCACUAUUGGACCUCUAACAAAUGUUGCUACAGCAAUUGCAUUGGAACCCAAUUUCCUGCAUUUAGUAAAGCAACAUAUUAUAAUGGGAGGAAGUCUCAAAAGCGAUGAGAUUGAAUUUAAUUUUAAACAAGAUCCAGAAAGUAAUUGGAUUGCUUUAAAUAACACUAAUAAACCAAGUAUUAUACUUCCGAUAGAUACAGUAUAUUCUCAUGCUUUUUCAAAAGAAGAGUAUAGAAACCUUUUCAGUAAUCUGAAUUAUAAUAUCGCAAGCUUUUUGCACAAUGCAGAAAGAAAGGCCUUGGAUAAACAAGAACAGUGGCUUCCAGCAGAUAGUAUCGCUGUGGCGAUUGCGUUACAACCGAACAUGAUAAUGCGAUUCUUUGACACUAACCUAACUCCGGUACUUGUUGGCAAUGCAAGAGGUUCGGUUGUGGUAGAUUCUAAUAGCCAAGUACAUAAUGCAAGAAUUAUAGAAUAUUUUGAUAUAGAAGCAUUUAAAAAAUUACUAUUAAAAUGUCUUUUAUGAUUCAAAAUAAAGGAUUAUUGCGAAUUACAAUAAAUGUUAAAUUUCAUGUAUAUAUUUUAAUACGUAUAAUGCAAUUAUUUAAAAAAAUGAUACUUCUUUCUGCAAAGAGUCCUUGAAAAAUUUGUCGAGGAUUAACAUAUGUUUCUAAUAAAAAAAUUUGAUUUGUCAUAUGUAAAAUAUUUCUAAUUUUUGUAUGUCUUUAUUAUGCGUUUCGAUUAAUUUAUUAUACGAUAUAUACCAAAAUAUAUCAAAGAUGAGAAGUUUUUUACCGUAGCUAUCUCGUAAAUUCUCUAGUGAAAUAAAGUAAUAAGAAAAACUGGUA